AUGGGUAGUAAUUUUGUACAAUUGUCGGAAAAAUUAGGCGUUUAUACUACCAAACGACCAUAUUUUGAAAUUCGCGAUCCUAUUUCACCUGAGACUCGGCUCCAAAUUACACUGCGCUAUUUAGCAUCAGGAGACAGUAUGAAAUCCCUGUCAUAUGCCUUCAGAGUUGGACACAAUACAAUUUCAAAAAUAAUAUUUGAGACUUGUGAAGCUAUUUGGAAUUGUCUAAAGGAUUUAGUUUUCCUCAAGGAUGAUAAAGAAAAUUGGAAAACUGUAGCCAAUGACUUUGAACGUUUGUGGAACUUUCCAAAUUGUAUAGGAGCCAUCGAUGGAAAGCAUGUUCAAAUUCAGGCUCCUCCAAAUAGCGGAUCAAUAUAUUACAACUAUAAAAGCCAUCACAGUAUUAUUCUUCUGGCAAUCAGCGGUGCAAACUAUUGCUUUACCAUUGUCGAUAUUGGUGCGGAAGGAAGACAAAGUGAUGGAGGAGUGACAAUACGCUCGAAUGGGGUAUAUUCCGCUAAUUGUGUAAAUAUUUUGGGAACAGUAGCAACAGCAGUCAAGAAGAGACGUAUAAUGAUAGCAACUGCUAUAAUGUUGGAGUUGCAAAGAAGGCAAGUGAAGCGGGACUACAAAAAGAAGCAGUACUGGGUUGCUCCAUACUUAAAAGACCGUCAGGAGCAUAGCUUUUUUCAUGUAUCCAUCCCUAAACUGACAUUAGAAAAUGGCAUACAUUUCCAUAACUAUUUUCGAAUGUCGGCAACGCAAUUAGAAGAACUAUUGACAUUAGUUGGACCACGACUGCAAAAAAUGAAUGUUAUUCGAGAGUGCAUAGGACCUAAAGAACGCUUAGUGUUAACAUUAAGAUAUCUUGCAUCAGGUGAUUCGAUGAAAUCGAUGUCAUAUCAAUAUCUUGUAGGAGUUAGUACAACAAGCAACAUAAUUCGAGAUACGUGCAAAGCGAUCUGGGAUAUCUUACAGCCGCUAGUUUUACCACCUGUAUUAACUGAAACAGAAUGGUUAGAUAUUGCGCUGGAUUUCGACAAUGUAACAAAUUUUGUCCACUGCAUUGGAGCUAUCGAUGGCAAACACGUGACAAUACAGUGUCCCUGCAAUGCCGGUUCUACCUACUAUAAUUAUAAACAAUCGCACAGCAUUGUUCUAUUGGGUAUUUGCGAUGUAAACUAUAUUUUCCGAUUUGUGGACAUUGGAGCAUACGGUCGACGAAGUGAUGGCGGAAUUUUUGGAGAUAGCAUCAUAGGGAGAAAUUUUGAUUUUCAACGUAUGAAUGUACCGAAGCCGACAGAUGUUGAAGGUGGACGAAUUUUACCAUUCUGUCUUGUGGGAGACGAAGCUUUCCCAUUAAAACCAUAUUUGCUUCGGCCCUACUCAGGCAGGAUUGGAUUGACUCUGAUGGACGAUAUUUUUAACUAUCGAUUAAGUCGUGCAAGAAGAACUAUCGAAAAUACGUUUGGUAUUUUAGCGAGUCAGUGGCGAGUGUUUCGUAAAUCGAUUAUUGCUCAGCCAGAAACUGCUAAAUUAAUUGUGCAAGCAACGGUGUGUCUGCAUAACUGGCUCCGAAAAGAAGACAUUGGAAAAAAUAUGUAUGUCUUCCCAAACAAUCGACGAAGAAAGCGAAGAUUUAAAUAG